AUGGAAUCGAGUACAGAAUCACUUCAACAAUUGCAACAGCAACAACAUGUGGCAGCUAAGAACAAUCCACAUGCAAGUCUUCAGCCACAACAACCAGCAUCUGCACCCAUUGAAACCAAUGAAGCUCAACAUGACGUGAAAUUACAGAAUGUGGUCGCGACUGUCUCAUUAGCAUGUGAACUAAAUCUCCAGGACAUUAAUAAUCGUACAAGAAAUUCCGAAUACACGCCAUCACGAUUUCAUGGAGUAGUAAUGCGUAUGCGUGAUCCUCGCUGUACAGCUUUAAUAUUUCGUACCGGGAAAAUAAUCUGUACAGGAGCACGCAAUGAGGCUGAAGCUUCGUUGGGUACACGUAAAUUUGCUCGAAUCAUUCAAAAGCUCGGUUACCCGGUAAAAUUUACCGAUUUUCGUUUACAAAAUAUUGUCGCUACCGUGGAUUUACGAUUUCCCAUACGUUUAGAGAAUCUUAAUCAAAUUCAUGGUCAAUUUAGUUCAUAUGAGCCGGAACUAUUUCCGGGACUUAUUUAUAGAAUGGUAAAACCGCGUAUGGUAUUAUUGAUAUUUGUUAAUGGUAAAAUUGUUUUUACCGGUGCUAAGGCUCGCAAGGAUAUUUUGGAAUGUUUAGAUGCAAUAUAUCCGAUUCUAUUGAGUUUUCGUAAAAAUUAG